AUGGGUAUGUGGGAACAUAGGGCCAUCCAGCAUGCUCAUUCUUUCUCAAUUCAAUCUUUCGAGAACCGUGAGAAGCUAGCCGAGAAAAAGAGGGAGGUCUCCACUCUUCAGAAGACUAAUAAGAACUUGCAGUCAAAGAUGAAGACCCUUGAAAAUCAGGCUGAGGAUGCUAUCAAGGCUCAGCAAGACGUCGAAGAGAAAGCAGAUGCUGCUGAGGCGAUAAACAAAGUUCUUCAAGCCCAGCUGAAAGAGGACGAGGACAAGAUGGCUGAGGCCCAAAAGGAGCUUCAAGACGCCCUGGUCACCAAAGAGGCCGAAGUCAAGGCCGCCGACGAGAAGGGCUAUAACGAAGGGGUGGCUGAUGUCACGGCGGACUACGAAAAGCAAGUGAAACAGGCAUGCAACAAGGAUGAGGAAGAUGAGGAAGUUACCAAGGAUGCUGCUCCAGAGAAGGCGUCAUCGGACAUGCCCCCUGCCGAUAAGAGCCUGGAUGAAACCCUUCAAGAAAUUGAUGCUGAACUUGCGGCUGAGAAGGUUGCCGAGAUGUCUUCUCAGCAGUCCUUCGGGGUCCAAAUGCAGCCUGCUGCUGAAGACUCUUAA